AUGAUAAUUCUUCAAAUGAUGGAGUAUUGGAAUGUAACGUCUAUUCAAAAAGUGUGUUAUGCCUUCUUGUUGAGAUGAAAAAUAAAAUUGGUACUGGUGGCUGUGAUCCAACUGUCCAGGCUGAGGCUUCUUAUGCAAAAUAUUAUACCCAAAAGAAAAAUGGGGAAAUGCUCCAAUGGUGCAACUGGCUAUCUUUUCUUUUAUGCUUGGCUAGACCUUGGGUAUGUAUUUUAGAGGCUGUAUAUGUUGAGAAACCCAUUAUAGAUCCUUUGACGGACUUCAUAUCUCUCAUUUCUACAAACAAUCGCUCACACAGAGCAAGUGGCAUGGCUUUUCAAAGCCUUGCACUUGGAACUAAAAAUGCUAAACUUAAAGGUGAAGUAGCGAAAUUAAAACAUGAUAUCGAGAAAAUCAAACUACAAACCCGAGUUAAUACUAAUGAACAGGAUGCAUCUCUUAUUGAAGAUAUUUCACAAUCCUCAGCUUGUUUAGAAUCACCGGUAACCCUUGAGGCCCAAAGGAGCACUAAAGGGACAUCCUCCAAUUUACUGCCUAUCAAAGAUCUCUCUAAUAAGAAAUAUAGUGUUAGCAUCAGCCUAAGCUAG